UUGACACGCGUUCGGCAGACGCGCAUGCGGGACUUUUAUGUUGACACACGCAGUCGGUCGGAGGAAUUCUUCGCGUAUCGUCGCGUGCUUCACAUCAUCCCUACAGCUCACAUUUACGUCUGUUUACAUCGCUGUGUUUAUUAAAGUUUAGUCUAGUUUAUAUGUGAGAUGAGCAUGAUGAGUUUGGCCUCCACAUCAUGCGAAAAAACACCAGGAUCCAAGAAAAAAAGCGAGAAGAAGACUGCGUCCAAAGAGGAAUACAGAUUACUGUCUAAUAUCAUGGGAGUGAUGAAUAACCUGAGGAAACAGGGAAUCUUGUGUGAUGUCAUCCUGGUGGUUCAGGGAAAACACAUCCUGGCACACAGAGUGGUGCUGGCGGCUGCGAGUCACUUCUUCAACCUCAUGUUCACAUCGAGUAUGAUAGAAGCCACGAAUCAUGAGGUGGAGCUCGGCGGAGCAGAGCCGGAGAUCAUUGAGUUACUGGUGGAGUUUGUGUACACAGCCCGGAUAUUAGUGAACAGUAAUAAUGUUCAGUCUCUACUGAACGCUGCUAACCAGUACCAGAUCGAGCCGGUGAAGAAGAUGUGUGUGGACUUCUUAAAGGAACAGGUCGAUGCCACCAACUGCUUAGGCAUCAGUGCUCUGGCCGAGUGUCUAAAUUGUCCUGAGCUGAAGGUCGCUGCAGACGAUUUCAUCCAUCAGCACUUCACAGACGUCUAUAAGAUGGAUGAGUUUCUCCAGCUGGAUGUCAAACAGGUGACAUACCUGCUCCAGCAGGAUACACUCACCGUCCGAGCCGAAGACCAGAUAUAUGACGCUGCUGUGCGCUGGCUCAAGUAUGAUGUGUUGAAUCGGCAGCAGUACAUCGUGGACAUUUUGGGAAAAGUUCGAUUUCCUCUCGUAUCCAAAAACUUCCUCAGUAAAACGGUCCAGGCUGAGCCGCUGAUUCAGGACAAUCCAGAGUGCUUGAAGAUGGUCAUCUGUGGAAUGCGUUAUCAUCUGUUGUCUCCGGAGGACCGUGAGGAACUCGGUGAAAGCAGUCGACCUCGCCGCAAGAAACACGACUAUCGUAUCGCUCUGUUCGGUGGCUCGCAGCCUCAGUCCUGUCGAUACUUUAACCCAAAGGACUACAGCUGGACGGACAUUCGCUGUCCCUUUGAGAAACGACGAGACGCCACCUCUGUCUUUUGGGAUAACGUUGUGUACAUUCUGGGCGGCUCUCAGCUCUUCCCCAUUAAACGCAUGGACUGUUAUAAUGUUGUGAAGGACAGCUGGUACUCUAAACUCGGACCCCCCAAUCCACGAGACAGUCUGGCCGCCUGCGCCUCCAAAGGAAAGAUCUAUACCUCAGGAGGAUCUGAAGUGGGAAGCUCUGCUCUGAAUCUCUUCGAGUGUUAUGACACACGCACGGAGACGUGGCAGACGAAGCCCAACAUGUUGAUGCCUCGCUGCAGUCACGGUUCGGUGGAAGCCAACGGUCUCAUCUACGUCUGCGGUGGGAGUCUGGGAAACAACGUAUCGGGUCGAGUGCUGAACGACUGUGAGGUGUAUGACCCCAGCACAGAAGAGUGGAGGGUUCUGUGUGGGAUGAGAGAGGCCCGGAAGAAUCACGGUCUGGUGGUGGUGAACUCAAGAAUAUACGCCGUCGGUGGACAGAACACUCUGGGUGGACUGGACUCUGUGGAAUAUUAUGAGAUCGGCAGUAAUGAGUGGAAGAUGGCGUCGCCGAUGCCCUGGAGGGGUGUGACUGUGAAGUGCGCUGCCGUGGCCUCCGUGAUCUACGUGCUGGCGGGGUUUCAGGGUGUUGGGCGAUUAGGUCACAUCAUGGAAUAUUAUACGGAGACGGACAAAUGGGUCGUGUCCAGUAAAGUACGUGCCUUCCCCGUCACCAGCUGCCUGAUCUGUCUGGUAGACACGUGUGGGGCCAACGAGGAGGACAUGAAUUCCACAUCUUUACCCUCCUCCUCUGUGGAUGGGAGACUGUAGCAUUGCCACGGCAACAAUGAUGCGGUGCCUCAGAUGAGAAAUUGACUUGUUAUUGUGCCAAAAGAUUAGUGCUGUUUUAUACAUUUGCCGGAUUGUAAUUUUAGCAGAGACUGACGCUUUUUCGUGCGUUUGGCUGCUGUCAGGAGGACUGAUGCUCAAAUGAUCAUCAUGUUCCCUGUGUUAUUCCUUUACUUUAAUGCUGCUUUUAUCAUUUUAAGAUUGUUGUUUAUAUUAUGUGUAGACAAAGUUGUCACUGUUUUUUAAAUAUUGAGAAUUUUAUUAUCCUCAUGUCAAGGAGCUGCCGGAAUUCAGCUUUCAAACUUUUUUCAAUGUGAAUUUUAUCAGUUCGUGUUUUUUUAGUCAAGACAACCAAGCUGCUAAGUGUAGAGGACUAUAUUGUUUAUUACCACAAUAAAAUUGUGUCACCUGUGUUAUAAUUCAGAUCAUGUAUAUAUAAUCUUUGCGUGUUUAACCAACCAGUGUCAAUGUCCAAUAACAACAUAUAUAUUUGAUUUUUUGUAUAUUGAGUGUAACUUUGGUUUUACUAUAGUGCAGUGUAUGUGUAAUCCAGGAUUUAUAAAAAUACUAAUAUUA